UUAAUAAACAACCCCCCACACAACACAAUCCAAAUCUACAUGUAUGUAUUUCUCUCAAGUCUGACCAUGUAGGUCGUCAACCACUGCCUGGAUGCAGUGCUGGGUUGGGUGAGGAUUAGUAACCUGAAGCUGAAUCCUUCUAAGGUGGUGCUGACCUUUAAAGCCCUAAAUGGCCUCAAAGGCCCAGUAUACCUGAAGGAGCGUCUCCACUCCCAUCGUUCAGCCUGGACACUGAGGUCCAGCUCCGAGGGCCUUCUGAAGGUUCCCUCAUUGUGAGAAAUGAGGUUACAGGGAACCAGGCAGAAGGCCUUCUUGGUUGUGGCACCCGCCCUGUGGAAUGCCCUCCCAUCAGAUGUCAAGUAUAUAAACAACUACCUGACUUUUAGAAGACAUCUGAAGGCAGCCCUGUUUAGGGAAGAUUUUAAUGUCUAAUGCUGUAUUGUAUUUUUAAUAUUCAGGUGGGAGCCACCCAGAGUGGCUGGGGAAACCCAACCAGAUGGUAUAUAUAAUAAAUUAUUAUUAUUAUUAUUAUUAUUAUUAUUAUUAUUAUUAUGGAGGCCCUGUUGGUGAGGUGCUCUUUAAAACCAACUCCAUUGAAAUUUAUGGAUAUUGGUACUAUUUCUGAUUUUUAAAAAAAUGAUUUUUCUUGUAAACUGCUUUGGUAUUUUGUACUUUGCAAAUACAGUGGUACCUUGGUUCUCAAACUUAAUCCGUUCUGGAAGUCCGAUCCUUAUAUGAGACGUAUGGUUAUUAACUUUAGAUCUGCCCAUUUCGUUGCAAAGAUUCUAAAAUUAAGAAACCGCACAAGAAAAUGGUACAUCUAUUUUACAAGGGUAUUCACCAAUCUGACCCGUACACCGCUAUGCACCAGGAUAGGUGCUGUCGGUGUUGAUGCUGGGCCUGUGCGCCAUAAAGAACAAAUAGACGGGGGAAUGGAGCCGGGAUCUAUUACCCCACAGGGAGUGGUAAGCCUGCCCGCAAAUGACUUAAUUGAUUUCCUACAUCCCCCGCUUGGUACCCUGGUCUCUACGUGCAACGAGCCUGGCAUUGGACUACCCAAGCAAGACCAGUCUGAAAUGCUCUCGUCCUCAUAUGCCUCGAUGCCGGAAUUGGAGGCUUCCAUUAUUCUAAGCCCAAUACGCAAUCAAGAUCCACAGCUUUUGUCAAAUUUUGACCCGCUAGCAGUACCGACGCAAGAUGCAGUUGUCGACCUGCUACCUAUACAGCCUAUACGGGUCGGCAAAAUCCUUGCUCUGCGAAAACCAGCUGAACAUCAUGAUACAUCAGCUGAACAACAUGAUAUUUGUAACGGUGUCAUCGAAGAUCCUCUGGGCCAAAUCAACCUAUUGGCCCCUCAGUUAAAGUUAUCAUACCUAUCUAGGGACCAGCGAUCUCAAACCCGGAACCACCAAGCAGGGCAGAUAGAGGAGGAGCCCAGCUCAGGAGCCUCAAACCAUCGGAAAAGAGAUUGACUGCCACUAUUUCCACCAUCACCCUAUUUCCACAUUCUAUCCUGGAAUGUGGCGGGAUGGCUAUCUAAGCAGGGUGACGUCGACCUUCUGGAUUUCCUUACAAAAUUUCAGAUUUUAUGUCUACAGGAGACAUGGUGUCUAGAUCUCCAUGUCCCCUCUUUACAGGGAUACGAAGCCUUUGCUACCCCUGCGAUAAAACCAAAAUCCCGAGGCCGACCUAGUGGUGGUUUAGUCACUUUUGUUUCUACCAAGCUAAAAUGCAAGGCCCGGCAACAGCAGUGGGUGAAGAGUAACAAUUUACAAAUCUCACUUAUUUCUAGCAGUGAAGGAGGAGAUUUCCUUUGCUUUAAUAUAUAUAUCCCUCCCAUAGGCACCCCUCCCCAGUCGUCACAAUUCUGGGAAGAUUUAGAGCUAUGUUUGGAGAAGGCUGAACUAGAAUUCCCUGGCAUGGAUAUCCUGCUGGCAGGUGAUUUCAACGCCAGGAUAGGAAAUGACAUUAAUACGUACUGCUCUAAAUCUCAGUUCCUGCCAGAGGCAGAUUGGUUUAUUCCCUGGUCCUCAGACGAUAAGGUCUUGAAUAAGGCAGGCAUUACAUUAAUGGAGACUGCCUUCAAACAUAAUUUGUAUAGUUUGCAUGGUACCCAUAUGGACAGGUCAGGGGGUUUCUUUUCUUUUCUUGGACCCAGAGGUGCGAGCGUUAUUGAUUAUAUCCUGGUCUCCCCAAAACUCUUGGAGAGGUCACAGGGCUUCAGGACUUUCAAUAGAAUUGAGAGUGAUCAUCUUCCUAUAUCAAUUUCACUAAUUCCCCGUGGUGUGGAGGAUCCGCAAUACCGCAAUCACUGUGCAGACCCACCUCCAACUCUGGCCCUUCGUAGGCGUAAAUGGAACAGCGACCUGGAAUCUAAAAUCAAAUUACACCUGCAUUCAUCAGACUUACUGGCCUUGAGAGACCAGUGCAUCUCAUCCAUUUCUGACCCCUUUUCAACAUUUCAGCAGGUCUCAGAGUCGCUCUUCCCACUACUCACGAAUUCCAACCCUCCCAAAAAACAAAACAACUCGAGGGCCUGGUUCGACAAAGACUGUAGGAAUCUAAGAUCUUUGCUCAGGAAACUACAAAAUAAGGUAAAACAGGAAGGGACCUUGUCCUCAUUGGAAAACCUGCACAGGUGGCGUUCUCAUUAUAAAAAUACUCUAAAAUUUAAGAAAUCCCUCUACAGAAAGGAACAAUGGGAGGCACUUGACAAAGCGAUCAAAUUGCGGGAUGACAAAAAGUUCUGGGAAAUAAUUGCCCAGGGAGUUUCACCCAAAGGGAAAAUUGUAACCAACAGUAUCUCAUCUAACUUAUGGUACCAACACUUUUCCCGGCUAUAUACAGCUCCAAACAUUGCUAAACCGAGCCAGUUUCCUCCUCUUAAAAACGAUCUAUUAAUGGGCUGGGAUCCUGUUACCGAAUCAGAAUGUUUACAGCUAAUUAAAACACUCAAGAAUGGCAAAGCUCCCGGUGAGGAUAUGAUUCCUCCUGAGGUAUUUAAACUAAAUGCCCAGUGGUGGGCUGCUAUUUUGGCCCAACUUUUACGGUAAUAAAUGAUAUAUGCAAAAUCCCAGAAAACUGGAAACUGAGCCUGGUAGCCCCCAUCUAUAAGAAGGGAGACCCCCAAGACCCCUCAAACUAUCGCCCCAUAAGUCUCCUGGACAUUGUGUAUAAACUUUACACUCGCUACCUGCUAAAUAAACUGGUUGACUGGGCUGACCACUCUAACCUGCUUAAUCCGGAACAGGCAGGGUUUAGAAAGGGCCAUAGUACAACAGGCCAUUGUUUGGUACUACAGACAAUGAUAGAUAAGUAUACAAAGGUACAUAAGAGCAAACUUUUUGUGGCUUUCGUAGAUCUCACAUCCGCUUUUGAUUCAAUCUGUAGGGACAAAUUAUGGCAAAAAUUAUAUGAAACAGAUAUUGAUAGACGACUUCUCAAAAUACUUAGAGAGUUACAUUCAGACACCACAGUUAAAAUCAGAACUGGGAUGUCAGGCAACUAUACUGAUCCACUGCCACUGGGGAAAGGGGUUAAACAGGGCUGUUUGUUAGCGCCGUUCCUCUUUAAUUUCUAUAUAAAUGACAUUGUUCAACAUAUGGCAAAGUAUAAGUCAUCAGCUCCUGCCCUGGAAGGCAAACACCUGAAUAUAUUACUAUAUGCUGAUGACAUGGCUGUCAUGGCACUUACUCGAAGGGGCCUACAUAGCAUGCUGGAGGGGCUCGCAGCUUAUUGUUCCCAAAACUCUCUAAAGAUAAAUUAUGACAAAACAAAAAUUGUGGUAUUUACUAGAGCUCGCCACACAUUUAGAUGGUCUUUAGAUGAACACAAAAUUGAACAGUGUCUUUUUUUUAAAUAUCUUGGUAUCACUUUCCAAGCUACAUCUAGCUGGCUUGCCCACUUCAAGACUGUAGCCCUUCUAACACGUAGGACAAUCGGUGCCCUGCUCAGCUUUUUUUAUUCGAGGGGAGGGCAACUGGUGAUCCCGGCAUUAAAAGCUUUUGUUGGAAAAGUGAUUCCCCAGAUGCUAUAUGGAGUAGAACUCUGGGGAUGGAAUCAGAAGCUGUUAGAACGGCUUGAAAUCUUCCAAAAUUUUUACCUCAGAAGAAUUCUAGGCCUCCCUCAGAGUACUCCGGCAGCUCUCCUAAGAGUGGAAGUAGGAUUACCUUCUGUGUCUGCCAGGGCCCACUUAAGAUUCCUGCGUUUUUCACCAACCUCACAGAUGCCCCGAACACCUUAUUGGCUAAACAAGCCUUUGUAUUAUUACAAAAUAAUACUACUUGGCAUAAAAACCUACUAGAUAUCCUAUCCAGAUACAAUCUACCUGAGUUUAAUACCCUUAAAUUGUGGAGCCCUGAUAAAGUUCGGGAAUGGAUCUUUGAAAAAGACGCCUUUUGGACUCCACAAAGAUAAAAAACUCUGGGUUUUCCUACUGGUUUCCCCGAGUAAAAGCAGUCAAAAUCUGUGCCAACUACUUGGUGGAGAUCACUGACCCCACCCUUCGGAGAGCUUUCACUAUGGCACGGUUUCAAACACUGCCAACUGCAUAUCUGACCGGUAGAUUCACAAAAACCCCAGUAGAACAUCGUUUAUGCCCUUGCCUUAUGAAAAUUAAAGAGGAUCUUACACAUUACCUCCUCUAUUGCCCCAUCUACUCGAGCUUUAGAGACGCAUUGCUGCAAAUUAUACCCAACUCUAUAACCAAUCCUGAAGAUAGAGUAAAAUUUUUGUUAGUUGAUGCAAACCCACGUAUUACCCAUGUGGUAGCGGUUUUUGUGAUAAAGGCCAUGAAAGCCAGGGAAAGACUUAUGGAUGACAAUGUAAAGACCCCUUCAUCGUCUGUUUAACUCGUUGCUCGUUUUCCCUCUCUUUCUAUUUUGUGGGAUGAAGGUUUUGUUGGCGUAGUAUGUAAUGAAUUUUAAUAUCUUUUAACUAUUGUUGUGUUAAUGUUUGUGUACAGGCAUGGUCCUCACAAUAAACGGAUUUGAUCUUUGAUCUUUAUGGAUAUUGGUACUAUUUCUGAUUUUUAAAAAAAUGAUUUUUCUUGUAAACUGCUUUGGUAUUUUGUACUUUGCAAAUACAGUGGUACCUUGGUUCUCAAACUUAAUCCGUUCUGGAAGUCCGAUCCAAAACCAAAGCGUUCCAAAACCAAGAUGUGCUUUCCCAUAAAAAGUAAUGCAAAACGGAUUAAUCUGUUCCAGACUUUUAAGAACAACCCCUAAAACAGCAAUUUUACAUGAAUUUUACUAUCUCAUGAGACCAUUGAUCCAUGAAAUGAAAGCAAUAAACAAUGUACUUUACUAUAAAAUAAAUAAGACAGCAUUGUAGAUGAUAAAAAUUAAAAUAAUAAUAAUAAAUUCUUACCUGCACUGAUGAUAGUCAUUGUUUGGAUGGGGGGCUUUUAUCCAUUUCUGCAGUCACACAAUCAAUCAAUCAAUCAAUCAAUCAGUAGCUGAACUGGGUUCCACACAGUCACAAAAACAAAUUAACCGAAAAAGCCUCAAAAGCAGAAAUGCAAAAUAAAUAGCAAAAACAAAAGCCCCGAACUUAAUCCAUUCUGGAAGGCCAUUGACUUCUGAAAUAUUCAAAAACCAAGGCACAGCUUCUGAUUGGUGCAGGUGCCCCGGAAACAAUAGCCAACAACUGUAUUGGACAUUUGGCUUCCGAAAAACGUUUGAAAACCAGAACACUUACUUCCGGGUUUUUGGCAUUUGAGAACCAAGGCGUUUGAGAACCAAGGUACCACUAUAAGUGAAUAUUUUACUCACAGAAUAUCCAGAAGUUAUAGCAAACAAGUAUCCAUUUGUUGGCAGGUAAACAAAGAUUUAAAAAGGCUCCAAAUGACUUUAAAAGGGGGGGGGGGGACUUUGUUUCCUUACAAAGAAGAUCAUGCAAUCUUUGCUUUAUCAAAAAUGCAAGCUGUAAAAUCUCCCUUUUGGAGAGAUUCAGUUCACUUGGCUUUUCUUGCAGCUGGGAACCAUUGUCCUUAUGGCUUCUUCUUUGCACAAAAAGAGAAAGAGAGGUGGAAACAGAGGCUGCUGUGAGCCUGCCAAGCCAAACUCACUCUGGUAACUUGUGCUCACGUUCAGGUUAACCUUUUCAUGCAUGUAAGUGUGAAUCAGUGGCUGUUUCUUACAACAGAUUCCCAUGGAAAAAGACACUCAGGGGAGGGGUGCUAGAUCAUGUGUGCUAUAUUUGAGAUUCCUGCAUUGCAAAGUGUUGAAUUAGAUGACACUCAGGGUCCUUUCCAACUCUACAGUCUUAUGAUUCUAUGAAACUGUUACACUGCUAAACUAGAGUCUGGAAGCAGUGAUGGGGUGGGGGUGGGGGGGUUGUUCUCAUACCUGAAAAUUGCAUAAAAACAUUUUCGGAACAAGAUCACACCCCUCCUGGAGAUACCACUUGCUCUUCAACUAUGGUCAUUCUAAAAGAGAGAGAGCCUUGCCACACUGCUACAGUGCUACAUGUCAUAGUAACGUCAUUUCUGGAUUACUGUACUGCACUCUAUAUGGGGCUACCCAUGAAGCCUUCACUUAGUGCAGAAGGCUGCUGCUGGGAUGUUGGUUAGAAUAAUCAUAUAAAUAUCAUGUCAUCUGCCAAUAUGUUAUUAUACCCAAUUCAAUGUGUUAACAAUACCUCUGACCAUUAGGUCCAGUCGUGGACGACUCUGGGGUUGUGCCGCUCAUCUCGCUCUAUAGGCCGAGGGCGCUGGCGUUUGUCCACAGACAGCUUCUGGAUCAUGUGGCCAGCAUGACUAAGCCUCUUCUGGUGAACCAGAGCAGCGCACGGAAAAGCUGUUUACCUUCCCACCGGAGUGGUACCUAUUUAUCUACUUGCACUUUGGCGUGCUUUUGAACAGCUAGGUGGGACCGAGCAACGGGAGCUCACCCCGUCGCAGGGAUUUGAACAGCCAACCUUCUGAUCAGCAAGCCCUAGGCUCUGUGGUUUAGACUACAGCGCCACCCGUGUCCUGGUCAUACAAUAACAUACAAAUAACUAAAUGGCUUAUGAUCAACCUGUCUGAUGGAGCAUCUUUUCCUUUAUCUUGUGUCUUGAAGUCAAUAGAGGGUCCCGUUCUUGCUGUCCUGUGAGCAUGUAUGGACCAUUAUGGGUCCUUACCAUUGUGGUGUCCUAACUGUGAAACUCUAAUAUAUGCAGGUGGGCUUUCAAUGGCAGGUUUUAACUAUCCUAGUCUCUCAGGCAUUGGGUCAGAAUGAAUAAGCUGCCUAGGACUUGUGACAGAUCAUUAUCUGCUGUAUCCCACUAAAAUUAAUGAACCUAAGUUAGUUAUGUCCAUUAACUUUAACAGGCCUACUCUAAGUAGGACUGACAUGGGAUACAACUCUAUUUAUUAUUGAAUCCAAUUUUGUUGCUUUUAUGAUGAUUUAUCCUUAAUUGCCAAUUUUAAAGUUUAUCUUUUUCCUAUUACUUAACUGUGUACAAUCCUAGAAUUCACUAAAAGAAGGGCGAUCAAGAGCUGCAAUCAAUGAAUCAAUCAAUCAAUCAAUCAAUCAAUCAAUAAAUGCAUUGAUUGUAGAGGUAGAAAAAUUUGACUGGAGGAUUAGAAUUCUGAAGCAAUCUUUCUGCCCCUGACUCCACCCUGAAAUACUUUUGCCUAACCCAUCUUUGGCAUUGUUCUAGGGGUUGUUUUUAAUUAUUUAUUGUGUGUGUUCCAUUUAAUUGCGUAUUGAUCCCUUCCAGUGAUUUACAUUUUAACAUGGUCUGAGUUAUAUUCCUCACACUGCCCCAUAAAUUCUUCUUUCUGAUUAGUCCACUCUCGGCUAAGUGCUGGGAGUGGGCAGAAUCAGCUCUAAAAUGCUGAUCUUAACAGAGUACUAUGAGUUUUAUAUAGAGCUGAACCAAAUUUCCUUCCCCAUGCUCAUCUUCCGCAAAAAAUGAAAAAAAGGAAAAGAAGUGCAGGAAGUAGGAUAAUUUUGCUUCUUUCUGGGUGAUGGAAGAAAUGUAAUGAAAUGUUCGGUGGUGGUGGUGGUGGGUUGGGUUUGGUUUGCGUUAUUACAGGGUUGGGGAACCUUAGGCAGGAGGAUUGAAUGCAGCCUUCCAGGGCUCUAUAUCUUGACACUCUUCCCAGGCCCAUUUGAGGCAGCCUCAGCAUAGAUAGAUACUGAAAUCCUUCAACAAUGCUUGGCUGGCAAGGGCGGGGUAUAAAUUAUUAUUAUUAUUAUUAUUAUUAUUAUUAUUAUUAACAACACUACCAUGAAGGGGUUCUCCUACACCACAUCUAAGACUACCUCUGCCAGCUAAAGUAGGGAGGUUGCAGUACAGUGGGGUUUGAAGGACACUAACUAAACCUUCUGGGAGUUCUGGGAACUCCCAGAAGUGCAAGCUGGAUUUCGAAGGGGCAGAGGAACCAGAGACCAAAUUGCAAACAUGCGCUGGAUUAUGGAGAAAGCUAGAGAGUUCCAGAAAGACAUCUACUUCUGCUUCAUUGACUAUGCAAAAGCCUUUGAUUGUGUCGACCACAGCAAACUAUGGCAAGUUCUUAAAGAAAUGGGAGUGCCUGAUCACCUCACCUGUCUCCUGAGAAAUCUCUAUGUGGGACAAGAAGCUACAGUUAGAACUGGAUAUGGAACAACUGUUUGGUUCAAAAUUGGGAAAGGAGUACGGCAAGGCUGUAUAUUGUCUCCUGUUUAUUUAACUUAUAUGCAGAAUUCAUCAUGCGAAAGGCUGGGCUGGAUGAAUCCCAAGCUGGAAUUAAGAUUGCCGGAAGAAAUAUCAACAACCUCAGAUAUGCAGAUGACACAACCUUGAUGGCAGAAAGUGUGGAGGAAUUAAAGAACCUUUUAAUGAGGGUGAAAGAGGAGAGCGCAAAAUAUGGUUUGAAGCUCAACAUCAAAAAAACGAAGAUCAUGGCCACUGGGCCCAUCACCUCCUGGCAAAUAGAAGGGGAAGAAAUGGAGGCAGUGAGAGAUUUUACUUUCUUGGGCUCCAUGAUCACUGCAGAUGGUGACAGCAGUCAUGAAAUUAAAUGGGCACAGGACAUUGGACAUAACAUUAUGUUUGCUGACUGGGAACAGUUGUGGACCACAGGUAUGAAAUUUACGGCAUGUAAUGCCUUAAGAGAGAAUAUUAUGAAAAUGAUAUACAGGUGGUACAUAACCCCAGUCAAGCUUGCAAAAAUUUAUCACUUGCCCGAUAACAAAUGUUGGAAAUGUAAAGAAACUGAAG